AUGGAUUAUUUCCGACGGUUGCACCUAAGCUCCUAUCCGCCCCGACCGUCGCCCCUGGGCAGUUCACAGGAGUCUCGCGAAGAUCGUCCCCGUUCAUACGGUGUUCCCGCGCAUGAUCCUCGUCGAGACGAUAAGCCUCGCCCGACCGGUCGCUAUGACUACUCAUCCCCGACACCGACAUCCUCGCAAAAUUACUCGCCCGCUGCGCGCUCGUCGCAUCCGCAACGUGGCCAGAAUGGCGGGAUUCAACUUUCUCCUCCGCGAAAUCAGAGUGCGCAUCAACAUCGCCGACAUGCUAGUGUAGAGUCCAAAUCGCAACCCCAAACGCAUCGCAGAAAUCACUCGCAGCCGCAAAGUGGCCACCAUCGACCAGCGCAUGUUGCUGAGACCUCGAUGGACGGGGGCUACCAUAGCACUUGGCAUGGGGGCCAGGCAGCUAAACACCAGGCCUCCCUCAGAGUCACACUCGCAUUAGCCUGGUCCAGCCUCCCCUGA